AUGGUGGUACCGUCGGUGUUCGCCGCCUUCGACAAGGACGGCGACGGCAAGGUGUCCGACGACGUGAGGCGAAGGUGCCUGAGGGAGGCGUUCGGGAUGUACGGGUCGUCAUCCACGGAAGACACAACGACGACGAUAAUUACGCCGGCGAGCCUGAGGCGGACCCUGAGCAGACUGGGGUCGCACGAGCUGGGCGUGGAGGAGUGCAGGGCAAUCUGCAGGUUCGACCUCGACGGCGACGGCAAACUCUCGUUCGACGAGUUCCGGGUCAUGAUGAUGGCAUGA